AUGUCUCACUUUGAUACUCUUCAGACCCCUGACGCUGGCACCAACGCCCGUGCCGUGCCGAUCGUGGCCUCCACCUCGUUCGUCUUCAACGACUCGCAGCACGGUGCCGACCUCUUCGGUCUGCGUGCCGCCGGCAACAUCUACUCGCGUAUCGGCAACCCCACCGUGGACGUGUUUGAGAAGCGCAUGGCUGCCCUCGAGGGCGGUAUCGGCGCUGUGGCCGCCUCCUCGGGCCAGUCCGCUCAGGCUAUGGCGCUCCUGUCGCUCGCCUCGCAGGGCGACAACAUCGUGUCGUCGACCCUCCUCUACGGCGGUACCUACAACCAGUUCAAGGUGCUCUUCCCCAAGUGGGGUGUCACGACCAAGUUCGUGAACAAGCUCUCUGCUGAGGAAAUCGAGAAGUCGAUCGACAGCCGCACCAAGGCUGUGUACAUUGAGUCCAUCUCGAACCCGCGCUACGAGGUGCCCGACAUCAAGGCCAUCGCCGAGGUCGCGCACAAGCACGGCAUUCCCCUCGUCGUGGACAACACCUUUGGUAUGGGUGGUUACCUGAUCCGCCCGAUUGAGCACGGCGCCGACAUCGUCGUGCACUCGGCCACCAAGUGGAUCGGUGGCCACGGCACGACCAUCGCCGGUGUUGUCAUCGACUCGGGCAACUUUGACUGGAGCAAGAGCGGUCGCUUCCCCCAGUUCACCGAGCCGUCGGAGGGUUACCACGGCCUCAAGUUCUACGAGGUGCUCGGCCCCCAGGCUUUCAUCGCCUACGUCCGUGUGGUGAUCCUGCGUGACCUCGGUAGCUGCAUGAGUGCCUUUGACGCCUUUUUGCUCCUCCAGGGUCUCGAGACGCUCUCUCUCCGUGCCGAGCGCCACGUGUCCAACUCGCUGAAGCUCGCCGAGUACCUCGAGCAGCACCCGCAGGUGAGCUGGGUGCUCUACCCCGGCCUCAAGUCGCACCCCACCCACGAGCGCGCCAAGCAGCUCCUUACCCGCGGCUUUGGUGGCGUGAUCAGCUUCGGUGUCAAGGGCAGCGAGGAGGACGCCAGCAAGUUUGUCGACUCGCUCAAGCUCGCCUCGAACCUGGCCAACGUGGGUGACCUCAAGACCCUCAUCAUCCACCCUGCCUCGACCACCCACCAGCAGCUUACCUCCGAGGAGCAGCAGGCUUCGGGUGUCAGCAACGACCUGAUCCGCGUCUCGGUCGGUACCGAGUUCAUUGACGACAUCAAGGCCGACUUUGACCAGGCGUUCAAGGUCAUUGCCUAA